AUGAAACAUCAGCAAAUUAUGGACGAAGCUUUAGACAAGCUCGAGCAGGACAUCGACGUGCCAGCUGCUGCAAAACGCGACUUCGAGAACUCAGACCUGUACUUGAACGUCUACAAAUAUGUGGAAGAGUACAUGUCCCGCUACGACAUUUCUCACGACUUCAACCAUAUCCUUCGCGUCCUGGCGCUAUCGAAACAUAUCUUGGCCGAGGAGCUAAAAGCUAACUCCUGGAAGAAGUUUCACAAGCAAGCAGUCAUUCUUGCAGCUUUGCUUCACGACGUCGGCGACAAGAAGUACGUCCAAGCUGGGGAGAAUGCUGAGCAGUUGGUCUCUGAUCUCCUGACCAAGAAUGGCUGCCCACCACGCUUUGUGGCAAAGGUGGCGAUGAUCGUUGAGAAUGUCUCCUACAGCAAUGAGACGAAGCGACCUCAGCUGGUGAAAGCUAUCAUCGGAACCCAUCCGGAGCUAGCCAUUGUGCAGGACGCGGAUAGACUGGAUGCCAUCGGUGCCGUGGGUAUCGGGAGAGUAUUUGCGUUCUCCGCUGCAAAAGCGCAGGAUCGUGGGCUGCAAGGAAGCAUUGAUCAUUUCACUGACAAGCUGGAGAAGCUCGAAGACACGAUGAAGACAGAGACGGGGAAGCGACUUGCGCGCGAGAGGACACAGAGGCUGAAGGAGUUCAGGAAGUGGUGGGAGGAAGAGAAUGAGCUUGUUUCAUCGAUCGGAGCAUGA